CUUGACACUCCUUAGGGGGAAGUCAUAAUGUUUUGAAUUGCUACAGGCUUCGGGCGGCUUCCUGGAUAUACAACUGUUGAAAAGCUUGUCGACCAACAAGGUGGCUGACUUCUAGGUUGCAUUAGUUGCUGAUAAAAACACUGCAGAAGAGAACUCUUGAAUGGCCAUUUUGCAAAAAUAUGUCAAAAACUCGAGUUCAGAGUUGGUUAAAUCUACCGCGGAAUCAACCGUCUUCACUGAAGCUGCACCUUUACAGAAGGAAGAGGCAGAUGACCCUUAUUGGUCCAGGUCAGAAACCCAGCUAUGGACUGUGGUGCUGCUUCUGGGGACGUGCCUGCUGUACUGUGCCAGGGUGGCUGCACCCAUCUGUGCUGUUUCCAUGGCCAGUGAAUUCCAGUGGGACAAGAAGGAGUCUGGCAUCGUGCUGGGCAGCUUCUUCUGGGGCUACUGCUUCACACAGGUCCUCGGGGGAUAUGUCAGCGACAGGGUGGGUGGAGAGAAGGUCAUUGUGAUGGCCACUGUUGGAUGGGGGUCUUUGCUGACCUUAACCCCCAUGAUCGCUCACUUCAGUGCUGUGCCCCUUGUGUCUGUGACGCUCUCCAGGUUCCUUAUGGGGCUGCUGCAAGGUGUUCAUUUCCCCUCCCUGGCCAGUCUUUUCUCUCAGAAGGUGCCACAGCAUGAGAGAGCCUUCAUAUCGAGCACAGUGGGAACCGGCUCCCAGAUUGGGACUCUGCUGAUUGGGGGGGCUGGCUCCAUGCUAAUGGAUUGGUACAGCUGGGAGUUUGUCUUCUACUUCUCAGGGCUGUUAGCAGUAAGCUGGGCCUACUGCAUUUGGAAACAGCUCCUGAAAGGUCCUAUCCUCUCAUUGGAAACUGUGGGAGUCGGUCUGGUGAAGUCCAGGAAUGCCAGAAUUCCCUGGAAAAGACUGUUUAGUAAAUCACCAGUGUGGGCUGUGAUUUUUGCUCAUCUGUGUACCUCAAGCACGUUUUAUACCCUGUUGUCGUGGUUACCGACUUUCUUCAAGGACAGCUUUCCCGAUGCCAAGGGGUGGGUGUUUAACAUGGUCCCAUGGCUGGUUGCAAUUCCAUCUUCUAUUCUAGGGGGCUACUUGUCGGAUCAUCUUAUUAGUCUAGGAUUUGAAACGGCUGCAGUAAGGAAGCUCAUGCAAUUCUUUGCUAUGGGAGCAUCCAGUGUGUUCACCCUGCUGCUGUGUGGCACCAGAACCUUUCCCUUGGCAGUAGCUUUCGUAUCGGCUACCAUGGGCUUCCAGACGUUUACCCACAGUGGAGUUUCUGUAAAUGUUCAGGAUUUGGCGCCCUCUUGUGCUGGAUCCUUGUAUGGUGUAAUGAAUACAGGGGGAGCAUUAUCAGGCGUGUUCUUUGUGUAUUUCUCUGGAUAUGUUAUCGACACCACGGGGUCGUGGGCCUCUGUGUUUGCCCUCAUGUCUCUGGUCAACGUGGUCGGCCUGGUUGUCUUCCUGGUGUUCGCUGAGGCCGAGAGAGUGGACAUUGACGACAGCAAACCCAAAUGCGAGAGCAUACAAAUCUGAAGAAGGGGCACCAGGUUAACCUGUCGAAGGGACAAGGCGGGGUGCUGUGUAGGUGUUCACAGUCAGGGCUAUUUCAAGAUGAUCUGUAAAAGAGAAUGGAUAACCAGCCACCCUUCGAGUGCUACAGAUCAGAGCUAGCUCAUGCAAUGCAAUAUGAGCUUAUGCAGGGCAGCAUCCCAAGGUUCUCUGAGCCAGCUGGCUUGGCAAGGUGAGUCUGAUGCUCUCAUGAUCCACUAGUGACAGGCACUGGCUUUGACAUGAUGUUUACAGAUUGUGAGGCUUUACCUAGCAGGCAUGGCAAGCAGUGGAGGGAUAGCUUGUCUCAGCCAGAGACUCGCUGAUCUUGCAAAGAGCUUGUUAAAGAACCCUCAUUUUCCAGGUCAUAAUAGCAGUAAUACUACCCAUACAGCUGCAUGAUAACUGAUCUUGUCUUUUUUGUCAAGCGCUGACAAUUGUGAUCGAGCAGUUUGUCUGCGGUGGUAGAUUUCUGGAUAUUAAAAGCCAAAGAUAUAUUUUUUUACAUAUAUAUAUUGAUUGUCUUGUUUCAUAGACCCCAAUUAGCACUAAUCUUGCCCUGCCUUACCUCACUUUAGGCAAAGUCUUCCAAGUUUAUUGAGAUUGGGGACGAGUAUCUUUCCUGCAAUGUCCUCUGAUUUUUAAUUUAGUCCCUUGUAGAAGAAAAACAAAAAACAAACCUUUUAGGGUUCAGGCUUUAGAUAACAACUGUAUUUAUAUCAUUAUAAUAGAAAAGAUUUUGAAAUGCAAACAUUUUGUAUCAGGUGUGCCUGGAGUGUUUACAAGUUUUGUAACAAGAAGUUAGAUUUUUAUUUCUCAAAAACAGAGCAAAUUGUACUUUGUAUAAAUAAUAAACCUAGGCAGUAAUUCUGGUUUGAUAUUGGUCAUAAUCAAACAGGUUCUUGUUACUGAAAGUCUAGAAAUUGAAAUUAUUAUCGUUGUUACACAUACAUUCUACUAAAUAUUGCAUUGAUGUUUUUUUUUUUUUUCGUUCUUGUCCUAUUUAGAUUAUUUCCUAGUUUUAUUAGCAUUACAUAUUUUUGUUAAGUGUACAGAUAUGGCCAAAAGUUAAGAAUGAACUAAUCUUGCUUCAUAAAGUCGAGUGAAACCUGCUGAAUAAU